GUUCAAUCGAACCAACUGACGAGAGCAGAGCCGAAUCGACCCAAGAAAUGGCGUUUCAUAGCUCUCUGCUGCUUUCACAGAUUCUUUUGCUUUUCAUGGUCGCAUCGUCUCCAUGGACAUCUGCGACUUACCCGAUUCAGCAGACCUUCUUUCGUUGCCUCUCGACCAAUUCCAAGAACUCCGUUCCUCUUUCCUCGUAUUACACCCCGAAUAACGUCUCUUCCUUCUCGUCCGUCCUCAAUUCGACGGCGAACAACCUCCGGUACUUGCUCCCGACGGUGCCAAAGCCCGUGAUCAUCUUCACCCCACUCGCUGAGCUCCAUGUCCAAACUGCUGUCCUCUGCUCGAGGCAGCUCGGGCUCACCCUCCGCGUCCGGAGCGGGGGCCACGACUACGAGGCGGUCUCCUACGUGUCCCAGAUCGAGCCCACCUUCGUCGUGCUCGACCUGUCCCAACUCCGGGCCAUCGAGGUGGACAUCCCCCGCGGCACGGCGUGGGCUACAGGGGCCACAAAUGGGGAGGUCUAUUACCGGAUCGCUGAGAAGAGCAAGGUCCACGGGUUCCCGAUGGGCCUGUGCACGAGCUUGGGCGUCGGUGGCCACAUCACCGGCGGGGCCUACGGGUCAAUGAUGAGGAAGUUCGGGCUUGGGGUCGACAACGUGAUCGACGUCCGGAUGGUCGACGCCAAGGGAAAGAUUCUUGACCGGAAGGCGAUGGGAGAGGACCUGUUCUGGGCACUCAGGGGAGGCGGCGGAGGCAGUUUUGGCAUAAUCCUGGCUUGGAAGCUGAAAUUGGUCAAUGUGCCUGAGACCGUGACUGUGUUCACGGUCGCCAAGGCCCUCGAACAAGGCGCGACGAAGGUCCUGUACAAAUGGCAAAACGUAGCGCCAAAGCUCGACGACAGGCUCUUCAUCAGAGUCAUCAUCCAGGCCUCCAGCGCCAACCUGACGGAGAACCGGACCGUGUUGACUGCUUACAACGCCCUCUUUCUGGGAGACGCGAACACCCUCCUUGGAAUCAUGGGCAAGGGCUUCCCGGAGCUGGGAUUGACGCGGGCCGACUGUGUCGAGACAAGCUGGAUUGGGUCGGUCCUGUACAUUGCAGGGUACCCGAAUACGACCGCCCCGGAGGUCCUCCUACAGGGGAAACCCCUGUUCCGAAACUACUUCAAGGCCAAGUCCGACUUCGUGAGAACCCCGAUCCCCGAGGAGGGUCUCUUGGGCCUGUGGAAGAUAUACCUUGAGGAGGAGGUCCCGUUCAUGAUAUGGAACCCAUACGGUGGGGCGAUGGCCUGGGUCCCCGAGUCGGCGACACCGUUCCCGCACAGGCGAGGCACACUGUUCAAGAUCCAGUAUGUGGCGACCUGGCAGGAUGGGACCCAAAGCAUGGCCAGGCAUAUGAGCUGGAUCGGCAAGCUUUAUGACUACAUGGGAAAUUAUGUGUCCAAGAAUCCAAGAGAGGCCUACGUGAACUACAGGGACCUUGAUUUGGGCAUGAACAAGAAAGGCGUCAACAGCAUGAUGGAGGCAAGUUCUUGGGGUUUGAGGUAUUUCAAGAGCAAUUUCUACAGGUUGAUUAAGGUCAAGACCAGGGUGGACCCAGAUAACUUUUUCAGGCAUGAGCAAAGCAUUCCUCCUCUUCCUGUGAAGAAAGGGAAUUAGAGAGUGUUAUAUGAUUAGUGUAAGAUUUGCUUGGACCACUUGAGAGUUCGAUGGCUUGUGGUUGUUCUUUCUUUUCUUUCUUUUUCCUUUCUUUUUGCUCUUUUUGAUUUUGGCCUUUUUCCCCCUCUUGGAAGUAACUGCGUGGCAGUGUGUACUGUGAGCAUAUAAUCAAAUACAAAUAUCGGUUUGCACA